AUGGAGGUUGGGCGACUUAGUCUUUGUAUUUCGUGGACGGUAAUUCUGGUUAUUUCUCUGCUGCAACGACCCACGUUUGCUAUCAAAAAGUCUUACGUGGUGUACUUCGGUGCACAUUCACACGAUUCAGAAACAUCUUCCAUCGAUCUCGAUCGAAUAGAAGACUCUCAUUACGAAUUUCUCGGUUCUUUCUUGGGAAGUAAAGAGAAGGCAAAAGACGCAAUUUUUUACUCUUACACGAGACAUAUCAACGGUUUUGCUGCAGAUCUUGAAGAUGAAGAAGCAGAACAAAUCUCAAAACAUCCGGAAGUUGUAUCGGUUUUCUUGGACAAGGGAAAUAAACUGCAUACAACGCGGUCAUGGGAUUUUCUCCGAAUGGAGAGAAAUGGAAGUAUUCCUUCGAAAUCCAUCUGGGUGAAGGCUCGAUUCGGCGAAGAUGUAAUAAUCGCAAACCUCGACAGCGGUGUUUGGCCUGAAUCAGAAAGCUUUGACGACAAGGGAAUGGGACCGGUUCCAUCAAGGUGGAGAGGAUUUUGUCAGAAUAACACCGAAGUUGGAGUUCGUUGUAACAGGAAGCUUAUUGGAGCGAGAUACUUCAACAAAGGCUACUCGACCCGAUUCAACGGAUUAUUACCCAGCGCUCGUGACUACAACGGUCACGGGACCCACACCCUAUCAACUGCUGGGGGUGGAUUCGUAGCCGGAGCCAACGUCCUCGGACACGGCAACGGAACUGCCAAAGGUGGGUCGCCGAAUGCCAGAGUGGCCGCAUACAAGGUCUGUUGGCCCACCGGCGACAGUAGUUCAUCCGACUGUAGCGAUGGCGACGUGCUUGCGGGCUUUGAUGCUGCGAUACACGAUGGUGUAGAUGUGCUGUCGAUUUCUCUGGGACAAACCGCAACCGAUUAUUUGACGGAUAGUGUAGCAAUCGGGUCGUUUCACGCCGUUAAGAAAGGGAUGGUCGUGGUUUGCUCAGCGGGGAAUACGGGACCAGCUUGGGGUUCUGUCAACAACGUUGCACCUUGGAUUAUAACGGUUGGGGCCAGUACCAUUGAUCGCCAAUUCUCCACUUACGUUGUACUCAGAAAUAACUUGCGUUUCAAGGGACAGAGCCUUUCACCUGACAGCUUGCCAGCAGAGAAGAUGUAUCCAGUCAUUAGAUCAGUCGAUGCUAAAGCUGGGAAUGCAACCGAACAUGAUGCAGAGAGCUGCGUUAUCGGAUCCCUCGACCCCAAGAUGGCGAAAGGCAAGAUUCUGGUAUGUCUUCGGGGCACAAACCCGAGAGUGGAGAAGGGCAAGGCAGUGAUGGACGCAGGUGGAAUUGGGAUGGUUCUCGUCAACGACAUUACUUCCGGCUAUGAAACCAUUCCUGAUGCCCAUAUUCUCCCCACCUCACAUAUCUCUGCAGCUGAUGGCCUCUCCCUUUUCUCUUACAUUAACUCCACUCAGUCCCCGGUGGCUUACAUUUCACCUGCGACGACAGAGCUAGAUGUUAAACCGGCGCCCACUGUUGCCUCGUUCUCAUCUCAGGGACCAAACAGCGUCACACCGGAGAUACUCAAGCCUGAUGUAAUUGCACCGGGGGUGAGCAUUAUAGCUGCUUUUACACAAGCAACUGGGCCUUCUGACCUUCCAUUUGAUUCACGUCGAGUUCUCUUCAACUCUCUGUCUGGCACGUCAAUGGCAUGCCCUCAUGUUUCCGGCAUCGUCGGCCUGCUCAAGACACUUCAUCCUGAUUGGAGUCCGGCGGCGAUCAAAUCGGCUUUAAUGACCACCGCUAGAAACAGAGACAAUAUGAGAGAGCACAUACACGGGUCAUCGCAGGACAGCGGAACUCCAUUUAGUAAUGGAGCUGGGCAUGUGCGACCAAACCGAGCAAUGGACCCUGGUUUGGUCUACGACGUAACCAUCCAGGAUUACUUAUACUUCUUGUGUGCUCUGGGGUACAGUGAGGAUUUGAUUGCAAAAUUUGCAAAUGAACACUAUAAUUGCCCCAAGUCCACCAGCCUGCUGGAAUUCAACUAUCCAGCAAUAAGCGUCCCCAGUUUAUAUGGAUCAGUCUCCCUGACUCGGAGGGUUAAGAACGUCGGCUCUCCUGGAAUUUACAAUGUUCGCAUCCGAGAACCUGCCGGAAUUUCAGUGAUGGUAGAACCCAAGAGGCUGAUAUUCAACCAGAUGGGUGAGGAAAAGAAAUACAGGGUUACUCUCAAGAUCAAGGAAGGUGGUUCAACUCAGAAUUAUGUUUUUGGGGGACUAACAUGGUCCGACGGGGUGCACUAUGUAAGGAGCCCCAUUGUGGUGGGCAUAGGCAAGUGAAUAUUUUGUAUCUUGCAUGUGGGUCCAUCAGAUUCUACCCUUUCACUGCUUUCAGCCCAAAUGUUUGACUUUGACGUGUCUAUGUCUACCCUAAUUAAUCCAUUAAUUUCCUCAA